UGUAUCUCUCUUUGUGUUGCAUGUCGCGCUCCAGCGACCUCUUUAAAAAAAAAUUGUACUAGUGGUUAUAAGUCUCAUAUUAAAAUUUUAAUUUGAGCGGGAAGUAUAACAGGCUUAACAUUUUCCAGUUGAAAACGACGUAAAAAAAAAAAAUUGUUUUGUUUUUAGUCAGUUUUUGGAAACUGGAUUUCGGGCACUAUGUGAAGUGCCUCAGUAUCUUUUGCGAAAUCAUAAUUGUGUGCUGUGAACAAUAACUGAGCUAUGAACGUCAAUCUCGUACAAGCUUGAGUGGCAGAAGCGUUAUCUUCAGAAAUCCUCCCUUUGUGUUCCACGGAAGAAAGGAGGGGCAAACAUUUCGCCUCGUUUCGGACCGGGCACAGACCGACUGCUAGCUUUGCUUGAAACGGCAGCUUUGAAUUUAGACGCUCAAGUCCUAUUAAGCAUCCGGUCGCAAGGGAUAUGAAGCUGGUUGCAGGGUUAGUCGUGCUGUGGCUGUGGGUUGCGGAGGCCAUUGAAAAUUGCCCCGAUGCUUGUAAAUGCAGCCAGAAAUCCAGCAUGGAAAAGACUGCAGUCAAUUGUCAGAAGAAGGGACUUGAGAGCAUCCCACCCAAACUCCCUCUGGACACUUGGAUCCUUAAAAUGGGUGAAAAUUUAUUGCAGAACCUCCCAGCCAACAUCCUGAGCUCCGUUCCUAAAAUUGAGAGCGUAAACUUAGAGCGAAACUCAAUCAAAUCAAUACACCCUCAAGCAUUUGCUGGUGCCCAGCGACUGAUGCUUCUGAAUCUGCAAGGAAACCGAAUGUCCAAGCUCCCAGUGAAGGGCUUCAAAGAUCUCCUAAACCUACGCUUUCUCAUGCUGGGCCAGAAUCAGAUAGCUAGUCUGAAACCCAACAUGUUCAUUGGCAUGAGGAACCUCUCAGAGCUGGAUCUGCCCCUGAACGCCCUCACUGUUCUCCCACCAAAUACAUUCAAGCCUCUGAUUGCCCUCAAAGUCCUGGAUCUAUCCUUAAACCAUAUCCAAAGCAUCUCACCCAAAACCUUUGUUGGACUUGACGAGCUGCUUUUUCUCAAUUUGGACAACAACAAGCUGAAGAAUAUCCAAGCGGGAACCUUUGCGCCACUGAUUGGUCUUGAGAUGCUGGUGCUAGACAACAAUUUUCUCUCCACACUUACCGCGGCCACACUAGAAGGUCUUUCCAACCUGCAGGAGCUCUAUGUGAGAAAAAACGAAAUUGAGAGUCUGCCAGCUGACGUGUUCCGUCACACACCUAAACUCACUCACGUUGGCUUAAGUGGGAAUCGGCUUCAUUCCAUUGACGGAAACAUGCUAGCCAACAUGCAAGGUUUAAAGGAGGUGUUUCUGCACGACAACCCAUGGAAAUGUGACUGUAGCAUAAACUCGCUGGUACACUACCUUGCCCAGACGAGGGCUAAUCACUCUCCUCUACAAAGACUUCGCUGCACCAGCCCAGAAGAGUUUCGUGAUAGACCCAUCCACCAGCUGAAAUCUGAUGAACUUCCCUGCAGGGCCUAGAAAAUCCUCAUGGCUGAUAUCAUAUCACGAACGACCUCCAAAAGUUGGGAGCGCAGUGAAAUAACAGCGUGAUAUUUUCUGCAUUUGAAUGGCGAUGCUUCACAGAACUCCAGCCACAAUGACUUUGACAGGUUAAUGAUAGAGCUACUGUUCUGCAGAUAGUCAUAAUUUUCACCCACACCAGUCGACUAUUUUCAGGCCACCUGGAGUAUUCUACAAUACUAAGAAGGAUGUGCCUUUGUUUUUUUACUUAUACAAAUUAAAUGCCUAUUUUGUUAUGUAUUAAUAAUAAUAUCAAUAUGUUUUCACGUUUAACUUAAUAUAUAUUCUAUAUAUUAUUUAUCCAAAGUGUUUUUUUUAUGGUCCCUCGGCAUCUACAUACGAAAAUAAUGUUAGUAGCUGCGUAAAUAAAAAAAUCAUACAACA